UGUCACCGAGACGUCUCCAUGGCGAUGUUUAGCGGCACAGAGAGGCUCUGGAAUGACUCGGAGCGCCUCGGAGGGGAUGAAGGGAACGGGAGCGUCGAGGCGGCGGGGCAGGAGGAAAGGCAGAGUAACUACUAUGCCAUGCUCUACUCCCUGCUGAUCCUGGCCAUCGUCUUCGGGAACGUGCUGGUGUGCCUGGCCGUGCUGAGGGAACGCUCCCUCCAGACCACCACCAACUACCUGGUGGUCAGCCUGGCCGUGGCCGACCUGCUGGUGGCCUCGCUGGUCAUGCCCUGGGCCGUCUACCUGGAGGUGGUCGGGGGUGCCUGGCUCUUCAGCCGGCUCUACUGCAACAUCUUCGUCACGCUGGAUGUGAUGAUGUGCACUGCCAGUAUCCUCAACCUCUGCGCCAUCAGCAUUGACAGGUACACAGCAGUGGUGAUGCCCGUCCUUUACAAUACUACUCAGAGCUCCAAGAAGAGAGUCUCAGUGAUGAUCGCCACCGUGUGGAUCCUGGCCUUCGCCGUCUCCUGCCCUCUGCUGUUUGGCUUCAACACCACAGAUGACCCCAUGGUUUGCUCCAUCUCCAACCCCGACUUUGUAAUCUACUCCUCGGUGGUAUCCUUCUACCUGCCUUUCUCAGUCACUCUCCUGGUCUACAUCCGCAUCUACGUCUUCCUCAGGAUGAGACGGAAGAGGAUCAACUUCCGCCAGGCCAGCGGGAAGGUCCAGCCGGGCUCGGCCCUGCAGUCUGUGGAGACCUGCCUGCAAGAAGAGACCCCUAAAGUGAAGGGAGACCUGUCACCUAUCAGGAUUAAAGUGGAAAGGGCAGGGCCCACAGCGCCCUCCAAGUCCAACAUGUUGUCAGGGUUUCUGUGGCGAAAACCUGCUAAGACGGGUCCUGUGGAGAACUCACUACUGCCCCCCGUGGACACGCAGAACUACUGCAGCAUCAGCCACGCUUCCUGUGGCCACUCGGAGCUGGAGCCUCAUGAGGAGCGCAGGCAGGGCGAGGACAGAGGGGAGCGCGAUCGGAGGGAGGGUGCUCCUGCUAGGAGGAGGUGUGAGGUGAAGGAGCUGUCCAAUGGGCGUGUACACACAGCCCUGCGGCCCCUGCCCCGCUCCCACUGCAACCAGCCGAGAUUCAGGAGCAUGCACGCACGGGAGAAGAAGGCAACUCAGAUGCUAGCCAUUGUACUCGGGGUGUUUCUCAUCUGCUGGCUGCCUUUCUUUGUCACCCACAUCCUGAACACCCACUGCCGGGCGUGCUACGUACCUCCCACGCUUUACGGCGCCUUCACCUGGCUGGGCUACGUCAACAGCGCCCUCAACCCCGUCAUCUACACCACCUUCAACGUCGAGUUUCGACGGGCCUUCAUCAAGAUCCUGACCUGCUGA